AUGGCGGUGGAGUACAAGUGUUGUGAUAUGGAGUUCAUGAAACGCAUAAUGAUGAUCGUCAUGCUUGUGGUGUUCGCUGGAAUGAUGUCAGGACUCACCUUAGGCCUCAUGUCCUUGAGCCUUGUUGAUCUUGAGGUCCUUGCUAAGUCUGGCACCCCUCAGGAUCGCAACCAUGCUGCGAAGAUAUUGCCUGUUGUCAGAAACCAACAUCUAUUGCUUUGCACACUCCUAAUUUGCAAUGCUAUAGCCAUGGAGGCACUUCCAGUUUUUCUUAAUAGACUUGUUGUUUGGUGGGGUGCUAUCCUGAUUUCGGUGACAUUAAUUCUUCUGUUUGGUGAGAUUAUGCCUCAAUCAAUCUGUUCAAGGUAUGGUUUAGCAAUUGGUGCAACAGUGGCUCCAAUUGUUCGUGGUCUUGUGUGGAUAUGUUUUCCUGUUGCUUAUCCAAUUAGUAAGCUGUUGGACUUUUUGCUAGGGCAGCGGCAUAAAGCCCUUUUCCGCAGAGCUGAGUUGAAAGAACUUGUAAAUAUGCAUGGCAAUGAGGCUGGAAAAGGUGGGGAACUGACACACCAUGAAACAACAAUCAUUGCUGGAGCACUGGAACUCGCUGAGAAGACAGCUAGUGAUGCUAUGACUCCCAUAACUGAAACAUUUUCUAUUGACAUUAAUUCAAAGCUUGAUAGCGAUGUGAUGAGUCUAAUAUUGGAGAAAGGGCACAGCAGAGUCCCUGUCUAUUAUGAGCAGCCUACAAAUAUUACUGGACUUAUCUUGGUCAAGAAUUUAUUGACUAUUGACCCAGAAGAUGAAGCACCUGUGAAAAGUGUGACCAUACGCAGAAUUCCAAGGGUCCCAGAAACAAUGCCACUGUAUGAUAUUUUGAAUGAGUUCCAGAAGGGCCACAGCCACAUGGCUGUUGUUGUCAGACAUUGUGACAAGACAGGGAAGCAAUCUUCCAACGAUAGUACCUAUGAGUCAGGGAGAGAUGUGAAGGUGGAUAUUGAUGUUGAGAAGCCUCCCAAACAGAAAGUUUUGAAAACCAAGAUGUCAUUCUUUAAGUGGAAAAGCUUUUCAAACUUAAAUAAUUCGAAUAUGGGUGGUUCUAAGAGCAGAAAAUGGUCAAAAAAUAUGUACUCUGAUAUUUUGGAAAUAGAUGAAAGUUCAUUUCCAAAGCUGCCCGAAAAAGAAGAAAUCGUUGGAAUAAUUACAAUGGAUGAUGUUAUUGAAGAACUUUUACAGGAGGAGAUCUUUGAUGAGACAGAUCAUCACUUUGAAGACUCAUGGAAAUCAUCUUUCCAUAAGACACAUACUCAUAUUGGUGUUUAG